AUGUUGACCAACGGAGACAAAGUCGUAACACCAGUGGAAGAGAUGGAGAGUGCGAUCAAUGCCCCGGGUCCCGGCUUCCUGGGUCUCCUCCAGGCCGCGCCUUCUAAUAUCCGGCAGUACGCCUACCAAAGCAUUGCGCAGUUCCUCGACAUCGCCAACGAUGAGAUCAACAACGUUGACGGGUUGUUUCUACUGACUGGAGCCAGCGACGAGAUAUUUGAAAGCACCUUUCGUACUCCCGAAGAUAACCACGGCCCCUUCUCUAGCUGGUCGUGCUACGACGCCGAACUUGGGCUUGUGCUUUUCAAGAUGUCUGAAUCACCCAGGCAUUCUUUUGCUGGUGAAGGAUUUGACCGUCUCCUCGUCGAGGCUCUGCAAUCAAUCGAGAUGGCGCGCCAGAUACUUCCAGUCGGUACUAUGCUCUGCAUGUCUUUGACCGGUGGGAAGAAAGCAGACAAGGCAUGGCGGCCCCGAGGCCCCUGGUGCAGAGACCGGACAGAAUGGCCCAACCUUGUCCUGGAGGUUGCCGUCCCGGAGACUCGGAAACCGUAG